UUCCCCCUUUGAGUUUCCACUUUGUAGUGUGUGCAUACCUCACUGAGUGUGUUUGAGGGCUACAAUUCUUAUUUUUUUUUUGUAUUAAGAGGUUGCAUCUCUCCUGUGAGACCUGAGCACUUCCGUGCUGUGGUUUCUUGCUCUCAUGUGGCUUAUCUCAGCGAGACAUGCCACUUCUUUCAUACAAUUGUGUGAUAUGACAACUUGUAGCCACGAUUGGUUCUCACGUACUACAGAGCCUUAGAGAGGGAAUGAGGUGCGCCUUCUGAGGGAGGCAGGUCUUUUCUUGAUAUGGAUUCAGAAAUCACUUAUGCAGAAGUGAGGAUCAAGAAUGAAUCCAAUUCCUUGGGCACCUACUCAGAAUGUCCUGCAGUUCCCAGAGAGAAACCUACCCAUCAUCCAAGUAAGCCAGGUUCCCGCUCACUGCUUUUUACAUCCUUGAUGGUAUUUCUCCUGCUGUUGACAAUCGCAUUCUUAGGUUCUUUUAUCAUUUAUUUUCAAAAGUACUCUCAACUUCUUGAAGAAAAAAAAGCUUUAACUGAUAAAACUCUCGAUGAUUUGAACUGCACAAAAAAUGUUUCACUCACAGAAGAUAAAGCCUGUAGCUGUUGCCUAAAGGGUUGGAAGUCAUUUGGCUCCUACUGCUACUUUACUUCAACUGACUCGAAGGCAACUUGGGAUGAGAGUAAGGAGAAGUGCUCCCGCAUGGGUGCUCAUCUGUUGGUGAUCCACAGUCAGGAUGAGCAGGACUUUCAGACCACAGCGAAAAUCAAUGGCAAUGGAUUGAUCAGACACCAUACAACGAGAGUGUCACAUUCUGGCAUAAAGGUGAGCCCAACAACAAGGAAGAAAAAUGUGUUGUAAUAAACCAUCGUGAUAAAUGGGGCUGGAAUGAUAUCCCUUGCCAUGAUAGACAUAAGUCAGUUUGUCAGGUGAAGAAAAUACACUCCUGAAUCACACAUUCUCCAUGGGUAUGCGACUUCACUGUUAUCUACCAUUACAUGGAUGCCUGGGAAAUUCUACAAGUGGAAGAGAUGUCCAGAGAAUUUAAGGAGGAAGCAAAAGUUUAUGCAUAUAAAAACAAUUGUCCACAUAUCUCCUUAAAAUGAACUUUUAUUGAGGAUUUUCUAUGUACCAUCAACUAUACAGGCACCUGUUUGUGCACACAUGGUGCUUUUCUGCCAACUUUCCAAGGUUUCAUUUAUUCAUGGCAUUGUGUGAUAUGUUCCCUUUAUCUAUCUGUUUUCUGUCUUUUAAUAUAUCUAUGGCCUUAUUGACAUUAAAUUGAGAAGUAAAAUUA